UUGAAACGUCAACUCUUUUCUUCUCCGCCGAUGCUGCCAGACCUGCUGAGUUUUUCCAGGUGAAGCACAUCAACCAGUCCUUUCCAACGAUGAAAGGAAGAUGCUUCAGCAUUGUGUUCCUACUGGCUUUUCAUUCUGUACUGUCAGAGAGAUUCCAUGUUCUUGUGCCAGAAGAACCCACCAUAGUUGUUGUAGGUGAAGAUGUUGUAUUAGAGUGCCAACUGGUACCAGAUAUAUCUCUGGAUAACUUGGAGAUUCGAUGGUUUAAAUUGGACUCAGUUUCACCUGUACAUUUAUAUACCGAUGGACAAGAUCGACCUGAUGUGCAGAACAAAGCUUAUCAAGGGAGAACAGAACUUUUUAAAGAUGAAUUUUUUCAUGGAAAUGCUUCUCUCAAACUGAAGAAGAUAAAAACAUCAGAUGAAGGAAGCUAUACGUGUUUCGUUGACUCCAAAACAUAUCGGAAUCAAGCAGUGAUAAAUCUGAAAGUUGAAGCGGAUUGGAUGAGGAGGCUUCCCCACAUCACCAGGCAGGCGCGGCAGGAGGUGACGGAGGUUGUAACUUUCCAUGACGAUGUGCAGCACACCAGAACGCACUGCUGCAAGCACUUCAAUGAUUUGCUGCACUCUGGAAGGGCAAAAACUGAGAGCAAUAUGAGGGAGCAGCAGCGGACUGGUGGUGGGCACGCUGAGCUGCAGCGCCUCAUCACCAAUGAGGAGCAGGCCAUGGAGCUAGGGAGGAGGCAGGCGGCUAGGACGGCAGGUGUUGGCGAGGCUGGGGUUCAGCGGCCAGGUUUUGGACACCGGCCUUGGGUUUACCUGGAGGAAAACAAGAAGAAAGGACUUCGUGUUGUGUGUAAAUCAGAUGGAUGGUAUCCUGAGCCAGAGAUAUGGUGGGAGGAUGGGAAUGGACAAGAUGUGACAACACAGUCUGAAUGGGAGUUCCUAAAGGACUCCAAAGGCCUUAUUACUGUCCAGAGUCAUAUUGAUAUCACAAGUGAUUCAGUAAACAAAUUUUCAUGUUUCAUGGGAAACCGGUUAUUGAACAAAAGACGAGAGGCACAUGUCCAGAUAUCAGAUGAAUUCUUCCCUAAAGUCAAUGUGAUCAACGCCUGGCUGAUAACUUUCUGGGUGGUUGCAGGCCUUGUGGUUACGGCUAUUGCUGCUGAUGUUAUACUCCACCGAAAAGAAGAUAAAAUGAUUCAAGAACUACAGCUGUUUUGCACUUUGGAAGGUUAUGAUGAAGUGGAAGUUGAUUAUGUCUCUGUGAACCUGGAUGUGGAAACAGCGAGUCCCUGGCUCGAGGUGUCUGAGGAUCUGAAGAGUUUGAGAUGGACCCGGACCCGGAGGAGUCUCCCUGACACCGGGAAGAGGUUUACAGUCUGGUCCUGUGCCCUGGGAUCAGAGGGAUUCACAUCGGGGAGACAUUACUGGGAGGUGGAGGUGGAGGGGAAUCGGCGCUGGAGACUGGGAGUAGCCGCAGAGUCUGUGGAGAGGAAGGACAGGGUCAGUCUGAGCCCGGAGACUGGAUUCUGGAUCAUUGAGCGGUUUGGGGAUGAAUUUUAUAUAAAAUCCUCUCCUGAAUCCCGUCUCCCUGUCGGUCAGAUCCCCGGGAAGGUGGGAGUUUAUCUCAGUUUUGAGUCUGGGACAGUUUCAUUUUACAGCGCGGACACCAAGUCCCAUCUCCACAGCUUCACUGGGAAUAAAUUCACUGAGAAACUUUAUCCUUUCUUCUGGACUUGGAAUGAAAACCAGUUUCUGAGAAUCUGCUCCGGUUCUGAUUGGAUCAGUGAAAGGGGCGGGGCCUCAGGGGUCGCAUCCUCCUGACGUCACGAUUACGUGACCCCCUUGUUUAAGGUCAGGGGUUGGGGGGUUAGAAACCAGCAUUGACAACAGGUUGUCAUUAAAUGAGUCACUUAAUUUCCAAAUUGUAAAAUCCCAAUCAGACUGUAAAUAAAACCAAUACAAAUAUCAAUUUCAGAGGAUUAAAAUAAAAAGUAAAUUAAA